GUCAGCCGUCGGGCGCGGCCUCUUCCUCGAGUCGAGGACCAGCCUGCCUUACCCGACCUUUCGAAAGCCCACAGCAAGGAGGCGGGUCUGGAGUAGAGACGAUGUGGAUCGGAAAAUCGAUAUUCUCACACCAGAUCCGACCGACCUGGCCGACGGGGGAAAGGGCAAGACUGAUCCGAAAGGGUCCUCGUCACGGCAUGAAAAUCGAACCACCGCGCCACCUAGCCCGCCUCUGACUGCAGACCAGAGAUCGUCGAGAAAAGGAAGCUCGAGCGGAGGAAAGGUGACAGAGGAAAAGAGAGAAAAGGAAAAGAGGAGGGCUUCGGUUGACCCUUCUCGAUCGAGCUCCAGCUUGGGUCGCAAGAAAGAGGAUGGUUCUAAAGUCAGCAGCAAGACUGGCACGCCAGCGAAGACGAGGGUUCGUGACUCCGCGACACCCGUCCGCUCGGCCAGUCAUAAAACAUCCAGGUCGAAACUACAGGACAAGGUUGAAUUGCCCAGACGGGCAGCCACUCAUAAAACCAAAUCCCCAACGCAUUCCACUCCCGCUGCCGCCGAAUCUUUGUCGGAGUCGACCAACGAUUCAGAUGCAACGUCCGUUGCGCCGAAUCAGGGCAAGCCUCCCUCGCGAACUCGGUCGCGCACAUCGAAACGGGACGAUGGUGGAUAUCGCAAACAAUCACCGAUCGAAGUCUUUGUAGAAGAGGAGAAUGAGUCGGUCGUCAACGGUGGUAGCCAUGGCGGAGCGCCUCCCCCUCCGCCCCCGCCGCCUCAAAUGCCUGUCUCCAUCCCUAGAGUGGAUUACUUGCUUCAAAACGGUGGAUUGAACUAUCGGAUACCGAAACAUCUGCUCGGUGCUGGGGAGUCUCCAAACAUGCCACAGCAAUACGUGCAGCCUCAGACAGCGGUGGUCAGGGUUUUUGAGCCGUUCCACCGGUUGCUGGAUGAUUACAGUACAGUCAUGGCUAAGAAUGGCUCAUUAGCGGUGGCUACCGGAUAUCGAUCAGUGGCACGCAGACUGUUGGACCGGUUGGAGGCUGUCUUCGCGCGCGACAUCUCAUCCGAGACCUGUCGGUGUCUCAUGUGCGAGCAAGACGCGAACCAUGAGACUGGCUCCGGGGUCAGCUGGGGUGAAGUGUUGGAGCUCGUGUCGGGGCGACGGGAGUUGCCCAGCUGGCCGCCUUUCCAGAUCGCAGCGUCGAUAAAGGAUCAGGUUGUGUCGGGCGAGGAGCACAUACCGAUGCAGAAGUUGGAUAUCGACGUGCCAGAGGAAUAUCGCGAGCACUACAUCCGUCAGUCCCACAAGACGAAGCAGGCAGUCGACAAGUGGCUUCUGGGCCAGACAGAAGAAGGCCUGCCAGAGGAAGUCGAUGAUGAAACCCUGACCUUUGCCAUCAUGACGCAUCUGGAUCCCGAUCGCCGCGAGAUGUUCUGUGCGCUAUUGGGAAUUACUGCCUCGACGCCGGUACCGAAAGCGGAGACACCGUCACCUCGAAUACGCCCGCAAUUUUUGGAUGCUUGUUCUCUGGCUAUCCAGCGGCUGUACAGGCUAGCGGCUCCGCCUCGAGAUUCGGAGACAGCAAUCUACAUGCUCAACAAUCCGAACAUCCACAAUGUGCUGGCAACGCUGGCGGCUAUUAGUAACGACGAAUGGGAAAUCUUGAUCUCGGGGCGCUUCGACGGAUUUCUGCGCAGCGGAGCGGAAGACAACUAUCCCCCGUCGAUGACCGCGUCCGCUCCACCACGCCCCGGAAGCCGCUCGUCGUUCACUGGCUCGUCGCGGGGACCGACAGACGGCAGUUACCGACCAGUCAGCCAGCCAUACGGCACCACGACUCCUCCUCCUGCGGCGUUUGGGGCUCCAAUCGCUCUGGACGAGGAGACUGAGAUCGCGGCGUUGGCGGAGAUCGAGAGGGACAUCUACCUCAGCAUGGAGGCCCUCGAGGACGCAUUUGAGGCGUUGCAUUGCAAAGCGGAAGCGGUGCGACGCGCCCUGCGGGAGCGAGGAGCAGGUUUGGCAAUGGCGCAACAGGCCCGACGCGGCUUGACGACGAAUCUGGACGCGAGGAUGGGUACACCGGCAUCGAUGAAUGGAAGUGCGUGGGACGGCAGCAUGGACGACGACGAUGGAAUUGAUGACGACACGUCUCUGGCACCAGACGAUUCGGCGAGCAACGUCAGUUCGAACAGGAGACGGCGUCCGAAGCGACGAAGCGAGCGACGCACGCCUGCACCAGUCGAGGAGGAGCAAGAAGACGACUAUUUUCGACGUGAUCGAAGGCGGUAA